UUUUUCGUCUGCUCCCGACACGCAGUUCGCACGCUUUGUCUUCUGCUGUCUCGUCUCGUCUGCUACCCACGCGUGCGGCCAGCUCGUACUCCUCGAGCCAGUUUUAAUGUUGUUUAAGGAAGAUCUGUAUUAGACACUGCUCUGCCGCCAUGGACGGGCUUCCGAAACUCCCCGCAGAGUACUUGGAAGUCAACUACGACGUUAGUGAGGCACCGGCAAGUGCGCGUACUCCAUUACCUGCCAUUGGUCAGAUUAAAGCCCCUCUUCCAUUUGGUGUUUCGGACAUUUAUUGGGCAGAUGUGGUCUCUGCCAACUGUCUCACGUCAGGUGAUGAUGUUAAAAAGGUUUACGAUUUAGUCUUGGAUGUGAAGAACUUUCCUCACACCCUGGUGCCUGGGGAUACCAUUGGAAUUUGUCCUCGAAAUAAUUCUGAGGAAGUAGAAAAAUUACUGGAUCGCCUUGGGGUGAAAGAUCAUUUGGAUAUAAUGUGCCAAAUUAGUGUGAGGGCUGAUUGUGGUAAGAAAAAGGCCUCUGUUCCCCCUCACAUCCCAGAAGUUUCUACUUUGAGGGAAAUAUUUGAAUCUUGCCUAGAUCUCCACGCUGUUCCAAAAAAGCUUUUCAUCCGAGCUUUACUAGAAUACACCUCAGAUCCCGAAGACCAUGAAAGUCUGAGUGAAUUAUGUAGUCGCAAGGGCGAUGGAUACACUGAGUGGAUUGCAUCUGGUCGUAGUUAUUUGGAGGCCCUCUUGCAGGACCAUCGCUCUUGUCUGCCUCCCAUCAAUGUUGUUCUCGAGCACAUGCCACGCUUGCUGCCUAGACCCUAUUCUAUUGCAUAUUUUUCUGGCGAAGCUGAAACGCAUGUACACAUAGCGUUUUCGUUAACUGAGUUUAUCAUUCCGGGCGGAAAGAGGAGAGGAGUGUGCACGGGCUGGCUUGAAACUCUGACAGCACCUUUAAGGCGCACCAGCGAUGGUGAAGCUGAAGCUGCUCUAUGCAGCCAGGUAGAAGCCCUAAGUUUAUCACCUGAGGGAAAACCCUCCAUCCAGAUUCCAAUAUUUAUGCGGGCCAGUAGUUUUUUCCAUGCUCCAGCGGAUUUAAGUCGUCCUGUGAUAAUGAUUGGACCAGGUGUUGGAGUUGCUCCAUUUGUUGGAUUUUUGCAGCAGAGAGAAAAGCAGCUGAAGGACAAAAAUCUUAUUAAAGUCAGUCGGUGCUGGUUAUUUUAUGGCUGUCGGUAUCCCCUCAGGGAUAUGAUUUACAGCAAUGAGAUCAAGAAACAUGUAUUAAAUGGGACUCUGGACAGGUAUAUGGUGGCACACUCUAGGGACAAGUCUUCACCAAAAUAUGUGCAGGAUAAUAUAAGACUUCACCUUCAAGACGUGUGUCAGAUGAUCCUGGAAGAAGAUGCAUACAUUUUUGUGUGCGGUGAUGCAGCUGGCAUGGCGAGGGAUGUGUUAAGUGUGAUCCGUGAUUCUAUUGCCAAGUACAAAAAUAUACCUAAGACAGAGGCACAAAAAAUUUUGAUGGAGCUGCAGGCUGCAGGAAGAUAUAAAGAAGACACGUGGACUGUGCAGGACGAUGCCGUUCGGAUGUACAGCAAAGCAAUGGCUGAUGACAAGAAGCGCCAAGAAAUGAAUAAUGCAAUUGUUGCUUCUGGUCCUGAACAAACAUUUGUUGUUUGUGAUGUUGUAUGACAUCAGCUUUCCAAGGUCUUCUCACUUAUCCGAGGGGCACCUCGGAAUGAGUAGGCCUUGUCCUGUUCGUCAGGAAGAUUUAAAAUAGAUUCUCAAAAGGGUUGACCUCUUAUUGUGAAUCUGGAUAAUGAGAAAUGUUCUCUCACUACCUGGUAAUCCUUGUGAAUCAGGAAUUUUACCUGACAUUCUGCUUGAAUCUUUAGUUACCUGAAUUUUAAAGUUUAUCAUUUAUGAACUUUUAAGACUUAACUUAAGACCAUAAGAGUGCUAAAUGCUCUCUUUAAAAAUUAACAUUAAAGUGAAGCUAAUUUGAGCUUAUUGUAACUUUCUAUUGUGAAAUGAAAUGUUUCUAAUUGAUACCUAUCAUGUUUACCAUUCUAGGUGUUUAUGAAGUGUUAAUAAAACAGAGGCCAAUGAAUAGAAAAAUAAUUUAAGUUGUUUUGUUUCAAAGAAUUUACAAUCACAUCACAUUUUGUUUUCUUCUUUCAUAAAAGGCCUCACAUAUCAAAGUAUGAUAUGUCCCAUUUUAACUUUCAUUUUUAUGUUAUAGAGAGGAUUCUCAUAGCUUCUUCUGUUUUUUUUAAAUGCUAUUGAGUCAAGAUCUACCAUUUGACAUUUGUCUUUCUUACUACAUUUUACUCUAUUGUGCCUAAAUCUCCUUACUUUCAGUGUUUCUGACUUUUGUACUAUUAAGUGCUUGUAACAUAAUUUACGAAUCUUUACCAUUGGACAGUAUUUUUAGAUGAUUGUAAGUGAAGAAGAUUCCUUAACAAGAUUUGCGUGCAUGUGACAUGGUUCAUGCUGUCGUGAAAAAUAAAGGAUCUAAUGAAAAUGUAGA